AUGUCCACGCAAGGCGGUGGCAAGGGCACCAUUGCCAAGCGCCUUGAAGCAGACUUUGGCCUCCGCAUCCUUGGAACAGGCGACAUGAUCCGACAACACAUCCGCGAAGGCACAGAGCUGGGCAAGAAAGUGCAAAGCAUUGUCCAAGCGGGUGGACUGGUACCCGACGAUGAUGUGGUGGACUUGGUCUUGGCUACCCUGAACGACCAGGCCGAUGGCAACUAUGUACUGGAUGGAUUCCCUCGCACUGUUCCCCAGGCAGAGCGUCUUGAGGAGGUGGUUGCCCCUCGUGCGAUCCUCAACAUUGACGUGCCCAGUGAGACCAUUGUCGAGCGUCUCAAGGAUCGCCUCUUCCACCCCGGCUCUGGCCGCAUCUACAACCUUCAAUUUACUCCCCCCAAGGUCGAGGGCAAAGACGAUGUGACGGGCGAGCCGCUUGUGCGUCGUGCUGAUGACGAGCCGGAGACGGUGCGAGCACGCCUAGCAGAGUACGCACGCUCUACAGCACCCAUCAUCAACUAUUAUGGUGACCGCGUCGUGACCUUCUCGGGCACGGAAACAAAUAAGAUUUAUCCUGAAGUGCAGGCCUAUCUCAAGGAAGUGCUUGGCGCAUGA